CGCUUGAACGGCGCCUUUUAAUUCCGCUCGGGGAUCAAUACGGUGGCCGUGGUAACGAGCUUAUUGCUGCUGCAGAAUCUGUUUACUUCAGGUUGGUGACGGCCAAAGAACUUCAAUGGCUGGGGACAUGACGUUCCAGCUAGUUAAACAGGCUGUGCUGUCAUUCGGGUGAGGCUCCUGCUGCCUUUGGAGCAAAUCCAGUUUGCAGAUGACAUGCAGGAGUUCACCAAGUUCCCAACCAAGACCGGCCGCCGCUCCCUGUCCCGCUCCAUCUCGCAGUCUUCCACCGACAGCUACAGCUCUGCUGCCUCCUACACAGACAGCUCUGACGAUGAGGUUUCCCCCCGUGAGAAGCAGCAAACCAACUCCAAAGGCAGCAGCAACUUCUGCGUGAAGAACAUCAAGCAGGCAGAGUUUGGACGCCGGGAGAUUGAGAUCGCUGAGCAAGACAUGUCUGCUCUGAUUUCACUCAGGAAGCGAGCUCAAGGGGAGAAACCUUUGGCCGGAGCUAAAAUCGUAGGCUGUACACACAUUACAGCACAGACUGCGGUGCUGAUUGAGACGCUGUGUGCGUUGGGGGCGCAGUGCCGUUGGUCUGCCUGCAACAUCUACUCCACCCAGAACGAGGUGGCAGCUGCCUUGGCAGAAGCAGGUGUUGCCGUAUUUGCCUGGAAGGGAGAGUCAGAGGAUGACUUCUGGUGGUGCAUUGACCGCUGUGUUAACGUAGAUGGCUGGCAGGCUAACAUGAUACUGGAUGAUGGUGGGGAUCUGACCCAUUGGGUUUAUAAGAAAUACCCCAACAUAUUCAAGAAGAUCCGAGGGAUUGUGGAGGAGAGUGUGACCGGUGUGCACAGGCUGUACCAGCUCUCCAAAGCUGGGAAGCUCUGCGUGCCGGCCAUGAAUGUGAACGACUCUGUGACCAAACAGAAAUUUGACAACCUGUAUUGCUGUCGGGAGUCCAUCCUGGACGGCCUGAAGAGGACCACAGAUGUGAUGUUUGGAGGGAAGCAAGUGGUGGUUUGUGGCUAUGGGGAGGUUGGCAAGGGAUGCUGUGCUGCUCUGAAAGCCCUGGGAGCGAUCGUCUACGUCACGGAGAUCGACCCCAUCUGCGCCCUUCAAGCCUGCAUGGAUGGAUUUCGGGUGGUGAAGCUGAGUGAGGUGAUCCGUCAGGUCGACGUCGUCAUUACCUGCACAGGAAACAAGAACGUGGUGACCAGAGAACACCUGGAUCGCAUGAAGAACAGCUGCAUCGUGUGCAACAUGGGCCACUCCAACACAGAAAUUGAUGUGACCAGCCUCCGGACCCCCGAGCUGACCUGGGAGCGGGUCCGAUCCCAAGUGGACCACGUCAUCUGGCCGGAUGGGAAGCGGGUGGUGCUGCUGGCUGAGGGCCGUCUUCUCAACCUGAGCUGCUCCACGGUUCCCACUUUCGUCCUCUCUAUCACAGCCACCACUCAGGCUCUGGCUCUGAUUGAGCUGUACAACGCUCCCGAGGGCCGCUACAAACAGGACGUGUACCUGCUGCCCAAGAAGAUGGAUGAAUACGUUGCCAGCUUGCACCUGCCUUCCUUCGACGCCCACCUGACGGAGCUGACGGACGAUCAGGCGAAAUACCUGGGACUCAACAAAAACGGGCCUUUCAAACCCAACUACUACAGAUACUGACGGACCAUACCUAUGAAGGACCAGACCACACAAGGCAACAUUAGGGAGAUUAUUUUUAAAGAUCAUUUCAUUUUGGUUCAUUUUUUUUUUUUUUCUUCUUUUAACCAACAAGGAACCCUGUUUUUACAUUGACCGGUGUGAUUUUAAGGUCGCUUCUGUUUUUUCCUUCUCAUUUUCACCCUCCUAUGUGGUCGCAUCUCUGUGGUCUCAGCACAGAGCCUGGGAUCUCCCUGCUUCCAUGUGGCUGAGGCCGCUGGUGGCUCCCAGCCUGAUUCGCUCUCCUGCUGUGUGAAGGGCAAUUUGUCUUUGUUUUUUUUUUAACCUUCUCCGAGAUUAUCUGCAGACCCGGAGAUGCUCUUCAAUUACCUUAACGUUUUCUUUCUUUGUGUGGAUUAUCUGCAACUUCUAAAUUGCCUUAAAGAGCCCAGUUUUAGCUGCUAGUUCAAUGCUCCUCGCUCUGCUCGGGAGCAGAGUGGCACCUGCUGGCCACCUCGCGAAUAGGUGACCGUCCCACCUGGCCGACGUCCCCCGUUCGGUUGCUGGCCGGCUCUGGGGAGCUCACUGUUUCAGGGUGCUAAUCUGAAUUCGGAUGGGGGUCACUUAACCCAGCAUCAUCCUCAUCUCUCUUAGUUGUUUUUUGUUUUGUUUUGUUUUCUAGCCAAACUGCACCUUAAUUUGAGUUGAAAACAUAUCUUUGUUUCUUUCUUUCUUUUCCUCUUUUUCCUUUUGGUUUUGCUCCUUAAAGAGGGGCGAUGUGUCCGGCCGUGGAGUUUGGGCUCUAUCCAAUCAGCCCCAUCUCCCAGCAGGACACGGCGGGUGCUGUUAAGAGUGUCUGCAUUUUUCUGGAGGGCAUUUCACUUUCUUUCCAAGGCGGAUGCACAGACUGAGCCUUCCCCGUGCCCCAGUGGGCCCCUGCACCCUGGGCUCCCCUCGCUGCUCGCCCCCGAGCUGAGCUUCCUCAGCAGCAUCCCGCAGUGUUCCAGCCACUCUCAUCGCCUCCUUCUUCCCUUCCCCAUCCUCUCUGGUGACAAGUAUUUCUCUUCUCCAUCUCUUGCAGCUUGUCACGGGUUGGGGGAAAGCCCUUGCAACCCAGUGAGGCUCCUCCUGGCUUUUUUCCCUCUCCCAAUGCCUUUUUCUUUCCCCAGCAAAGGCCGGAGCAGGGAGGGAUUCGCUUGUUCCCCCACCACAUCACCCGUUAGAGAUAAACGGGCACGUGGUGCCCCCAGAGAGCUGCUCGGCUGCCUGCAGCCACCCAUCCCAGGGCUGGGAGAUGCUCCUGUGGCUCUGGGCAUGGCUGCAACGCUGCUUUUCCCUCGCUGGGGGCUGGAGGAUGAUGUGAGGAGGGAUGGCGCAGCUCGGCUCACCCUCCUGUGCCCUCUGCUCCUUCUCUGUCCCUCUUGGGGAGCGCUUGCCUGACACGUGUGGCCCCUCUGCCAUCCCUCAGCCCUCCUGGGGGCCGUGGGCUGGGAGCCUUUCCCACCCCGGGUGGGUUGCAGCACCCAGGCUGAGGGCUGCAGCUCCAUCUAAGCCAUGUCCAGGGGUGGCGGCAGCGUCGGGCUGGGAGGGAGAGAGGUUUAUUUUGUAUAUGAAUGAUUUUUAAUGAAUGCAAUAUUAAUCCUUGCAGAUGAGCAAUAAAUCAUUAAAGUCUAAUGAAAACUAUUAGGAAAAACAGAA